UGGAAGGUCAUAGUCAUUCUUUUAUAGUGUACCUCCAUUUAUUACCUUUGUCUUUUGCAUCCAUUCCUUCUCCAUCCACUCAAUGCUGUUUGCCUUCUCUCCCUCAUAAACUUUUCCCACUCUCUUUAUCUUUCACUUUGUGUAUCUCUUUGCAGUUAGGGUUUCCUCUUUAAGGGUGAUCUUCCUGUCACAAAUCUGCAACUUAUAUCUUUCAUUGGCUAAGCCUCUUUUGUCUUCUCAGGGUAAAAGAGCAGCUUCUAAAGCCCCUCCCACAAGGGAAAAAAAAAAGGUACUUCCCUUUUAGUUCUUCUCAUCAACCAAACCUACAUCACAAACAGGGAAAUUGAAAAAUGGCAUCAUCGAGCUCCUACAAUUCUCCUUGUGCUGCCUGCAAAUUCUUGAGGAGGAAAUGCCUUUCAGGGUGCAUCUUUGCACCAUACUUCCCACCGGAAGAGCCUCAGAAGUUCGCUAACGUGCACAAGAUAUUCGGUGCCAGCAAUGUGACGAAGCUUCUGAACGAGCUUCUUCCUCACCAGAGGGAAGAUGCAGUGAACUCCCUUGCCUAUGAAGCUGAGGCACGUGUGAGAGACCCAGUUUAUGGAUGCGUAGGAGCCAUAUCUUUUCUGCAGAGACAAGUUCAAAGGCUCCAAAAGGAGCUUGAUUCUGCCAAUGCUGAUCUCCUUCGCUAUGCCUACAAUGACAUGCCUUCACCCUCUCUUUCUGUGCCACCAGCAAUGACAGCAGCAACAACAAUUCAACAAAUGCCCCAAAGGUCUUUCAAUGCAAGGUUUGGAAAUGAAGCAAGUGGGUUUUAUAGGCCCUCUCCCACCAUCACUUACAGCUCUUACCCUUAUUCUCUUCCAUGGACUGAUACCCCUCCUGAAGAUAUCAAUGAUGGAGGAGGAGAAGGAGGAGGUAAUAACUUGUGAAAUGUCUUUGAAGAAUAAUAUAUAUAUAUUGCAUAUCUAGGGUUUAUGCCUCUUGAGGGCAUGUCCCCUGCAAUAUUUAUAAUAUGUAGUCAUGGUCUCUUAAAUUAAUUUGAAGGGGUUUUGUUUUUGUAGGUGAUUGAUGAUUAUGAACAUGUGCUGUUUAUUAAGACCUAAGCUACCAAAAACUUAUGUAGUCUUUCCAAAAUCUUUAGUGGGUGGUAGAUGAGAAUGCAUAGUAAUGUAUAACUACUGCUAGACCUACUCUUAUUGUGUAUUCAGUGCAACUCUAUAGGCAUGUGCAGUGAGCAUGCGGAGUUGACAUUCUCUGUCAUUGUUUAUGAUUAAGAAUAAAUGAACGAUAACGUUACUUGAUUCUAAAGCCUAACUCUACGGCUUAGACGCUUAUAGUCCUACUUACCCUAUAUAUUCCCUGCCUUUAAUUUUCCUCUUCUUCAUGGAC